GCAUGCGUCAUCGCCAGCAGCGCCACCACCUUUAACAAUCCUCCCAACGCUGCUGGAAAUUGAUCGGCGACCCGACUCACGGGAACUCGCUGAUUAUCCUUUUAUUUCUGGACCAUCGGCAGAUAAUUUACGCCUAAAAUGGUGCAGAAAAAGAUCAAGAAGAAGGUCGGUAAGAAGGUUGCGGCGCCGCCUCUGGUGGUGAAGAAGGUCGAGCCCAAGAAAGUGACCAACCCACUUUUCGAAAAGAGACCUAGGAAUUUCGGAAUUGGCCAGGACAUUCAGCCCAAGAGGGACCUGAGCCGGUUCGUCAAGUGGCCCAAAUACAUUCGCAUCCAGAGGCAAAAGGCCGUGCUGCAGAAGAGGCUCAAGGUGCCUCCCACCAUCCACCAGUUCAGCCAAACCCUGGACAAGCAAACCGCCGUGCAACUGUUCAAGUUGUUGGACAAGUACAGACCAGAAACCAAACUGGCCAAGAAGAUCAGAUUGAGGAAGAAGGCUGAGGAGAGAGCCGCCGCUGCCGGCAAGCAGGGUGGAGCCGAGGCUGGAGCACCCUCCCGCAGGCCAAACACCGUGAAAUUCGGCGUUAACAAUGUCACCAAGCUGGUCGAACAGAAGAAGGCCCAGCUGGUCGUCAUUGCGCACGACAUUGAACCCGUUGAGCUGGUGUUGUUCCUGCCUGCUCUGUGCCGCAAGAUGGGCGUGCCCUACUGCAUAAUCAAGGGCAAGGCGCGCCUUGGGCGGCUGGUGCGCCGCAAGACGUGCACGGCCGUGGCGCUGACCAACGUCGAGGCCGGCGACCGACCCAACUUCAACAAGGUGGUCGAGUCCGUCAAGAACAAUUUCAACGAGCGCUUCGACGAGAUCAGACGCCACUGGGGCGGCGGUCUCCUUGGCUCCAAGUCGACAGCCAGGAUCGCCAAGCUGGAGAAGGCCAAGGCGCGCGAGUUGGCGCAGAAGCAGGGCUAAACAACCUCCUUCUCUCAUAUUUGUUCUAUAAAAUAAAAAAAGAAAAUCACUUCAAUAGAAA